CCGCCUGGAUAAAAGUAAGGCCACUCUUCCAGCACCACCAGUCCUGUGUAUCCUCUGCCUUGGCGCCGUGUGGGAGUACCUACGUGUGCCGAGUAACCACCGACACACGCACCAGCAGUAGCAUCAUGAGGGCGUGGGUGUGCGUGGCCGCGUGCGUGGUGGCGGCGGUGGGCGUGGCUGGCCAGGGUACCAGGCUUGGACUGGUGGCUGACCAACUAGGCGUGAAUCCCGUGCCUGGGGGUAAUCCCAAUUUGGGCAACAUUGGAGUGGUGCCGCGCGAGGACCUGGACUGUCAGUGCAUUCCCGUCAACCAGGAGUGUCCCUUUGACCUGCAGGGACAACCCACUGGCAUCGUGACGCGUAUCGCUAACACUAGGCCGCUGAUAGACGGCCAGUGCGAGGUGAACACGAUCCGCUGCUGCAGACUGAGGGAUGUCACUGACCCUGGACCCGGCGUCCCCUUCCCUGGAAAAUGUGGAGGAAGACAACGGGUUCCAAACUACCUCCAACCAAUUCCUCCACAGGCUGACUUCGGCGAGUACCCGUGGAUGACCGUGGUGCUGAACGCUUCAAACAAUGGAUAUCUGGGAGGUGGAGUGCUGAUUAAUAACCAGUGGGUGCUGACCGCCGCUCAUAAGAUUACCACCAGAAAUAUUCAAGUCCGUCUGGGAGACUACGACCUGAAGCAGCCAGUAGACAACCCUCAAUUCCCCCACCUGGAUGUCGGCGUCAGGAAUAUCAUCAUUCAUCCCAACUUCAACAGCAAAUCUUUGGUGAACGACGUGGCGCUGCUGGAGCUGGAUAGACCCGUCAACACCAACCAGUACCCGCACAUCGGUCUCGCCUGCCUGCCAAACCAAGGCCAGACGUUCGAGGGACAAAACCGGUGCUUCGUGUCAGGAUGGGGAAAAGACAACUUCGAAAGUGGCCGAUUCCAAAGCAUCCUGAAGGAGGUGGACGUCCCCAUUGUGGAGCGAUUCACCUGCCAGAGUCGCCUGAGAAGGACACGACUAGGAGAAGAUUUCGUGUUGGAUAGCAACUCUUUCCUGUGUGCCGGUGGCAUUGAGGGCAAGGACGCCUGCUCGGGAGACGGAGGUUCCCCGCUGGUGUGCCCAACGAACAACGGCUACACGGUGGUGGGUCUGGUGGCGUGGGGCAUUGGCUGCGCCCAGGGAGACGUGCCGGGUGUCUAUGUCAACGUUGCCAACUUCGUAAACUUCAUCGAGCGUUACACCGGACCACUUCACUGAUGCGCCACAACAUGCACCAUUUCCACCCUGCCUUCCUCCCCACAUUGCAUCACAUGACACGAGAGAGUCACGAGCUUUUCAGAUGCAGAGGAUCGUCUGUGUCGGAUCCUAUCCAACACACACUGUGAGCUGAACCCAGGGACGCCGCAAAGCAAACCAGGAUCCACAGACUGUCUCUCUGUGCAGCCCUGGACCGCUGAACUGUUUACUCUGAUAUUUAAUAUUUUUGUUAUGCUGAAUAAAUUAAUAAAUCGGU